UGAGUUUGCACAUUUUAGUUUUAAAGUCGAACCGCGAAGAGCGGGUCACGUCGGCGAAUUUAGCAACGUCCAGCGUUCGCUUGUGUCUGGGAGCGGAGCCCGAGCCAGGAGCCGCAGGGCCAGGGGGCCGACACCCGCGCCAUGGGGCCGGGAAUAACGUUUUACAUUUUGGCAUCGCUUAUGCUAGCACUAGCUAGCGAAGCGCCGCCUACGAAGCAAGAGUCAAAUUCAACAGAAGCGAUCAGCAAAGAGCCACAGAAGGAAGAGAGCCAACCCGCAGAAGCUUCGGCACGCUCCGGCCGCCAGUUCGGCUACGGAGACGGCAAGGACAUCGUCAUCGACAUCCAGGAUGAUGAGAAGAACCAGUAUUAUGAGACCAACUAUGAUACGAACGCGUACGGUUUCGGUUACGACGUGGGUCCGAACGGCCAGUUCCAUCACGAGACCCGCGGGCCGGAUGGUGUGACCUACGGUUGCUACGGUUACGUAGACCCGGACGGUUACCUCCGUGCUACGCACUACGUAGCCGACAGCCACGGCUACCGGGUAGUCGAACCUGAGAAGCCUGUCGAAGUCUACCCUGAUGAGAAAUACGAGUAUGAUGAAACGACAUCAAACCAGCCAACCGAAAAGGUUCCAGGACAGAUCAUCCCGUGGGAGAAGCUGUACUUCCCCAAAGGUUGUGGUCGCACUCCGGGCGGUAUCCCGGCCAGGCCUCCUCCACGACCCCCGCGCCCCUCUCGCCCUCCGACGGACAGCACGGGACAGAACACCAACCCCAGUCCUGGAGUCGUAUACCCAGGACAAGGUUCAGGUGGAACUGGUGGUGCGGGAGGACCAGGCGGCCCAGGCGGACCUAAUGGUCCUAAUGGACCCGGUGGACCGAACGGUCCUUAUGGACCCGGCGGGCCGGGUGGUCCUAAUGGGCCUAACGGCCCUAAUGGACCCAAUGGAUCAUGGCAAGGCGGUUAUUAUCCCGGCACACCAGGCACUCCCGGAUCUCCCGGUAGUCCCGGAACUCCAGGUAGCCCUGGUGGCCCAGGCGGUCCAGGUGGACCUGGCGGACCCGGAGGACCGAAUGGGCCAAAUGGACCUUAUCCAGGCUACUAUCCCGGUUCCCCCGGCUCCCCCGGAACCCCCGGCACCCCCGGCUCCCCCGGAUCCCCCGGGUCCCCCGGCACUCCAGGAUCCCCAGGCGGCCCAGGUGGUCCAGGCGGUCCCGGGGGCCCUGGCACCGGUGGUCACUACCCCGGUGGGACAGGUACACCCGGUACUCCAGGAACUCCCGGAUCACCCGGAUCUCCAGGUAGUCCGGGCUCUCCCGGCAGUCCAGGCUCGGCCGGGACGCCAGGUCAACCAGGCCAACCAGGAUACUAUCCUGGUAGCCCAGGUGGCCCGGUCGGUCCGGUUAACUCUGGCAGCCAUUAUCCCGGACAACCUGGAUCUCCUGGAACUCCCGGAACUCCCGGAUCACCUGGAUCCCCUGGAGGGCCAGGUGGCCCAGGUGGGCCAGGAGGCCCCGGCGGGCCGGGCGGUCCUCCAGGCUCAUACUACCCCGGCCAACCAGGACAACAAGGCACUCUAGGCCAACCAGGACAGCACGGACAACCCGGCUACCCAGGACAACCCGGACAGCCAGGAGGCGCCGGACAACCAGGACAGCCCGGACAACCCGGCUACCCAGGACAACCCGGACAGCCAGGAGGCCCUGGACAACCAGGACAGCCCGGACAACCCGGCUACCCAGGACAACCCGGACAGCCAGGAGGCCCCGGAAAGCCAGGCCAGCCGGGACAACCAGGCUACCCAGGACAACCCGGACAAUCAGGUCAGCCCGGACAACCCGGCUACCCAGGACAACCCGGACAACCAGGAAGCGCCGGACAACCAGGACAGCCCGGACAACCCGGCUAUCCAGGACAACCCGGACAGCCAGGAGGCGCCGGACAACCAGGACAGCCCGGACAACCCGGCUACCCAGGACAACCCGGACAGCCAGGAGGCCCUGGACAACCAGGACAGCCCGGACAACCCGGCUACCCAGAACAACCCGGACAGCCAGGAGGCCCCGGAAAGCCAGGCCAGCCGGGACAACCAGGCUACCCAGGACAACCCGGACAAUCAGGUCAGCCCGGACAACCCGGCUACCCAGGACAACCCGGACAGCCAGGAGGCGCCGGACAACCAGGACAGCCCGGACAACCCGGCUACCCAGGACAACCCGGACAGCCAGGAGGCCCUGGACAACCAGGACAGCCCGGACAGCCAGGAGGCCCCGGAAAGCCAGGCCAGCCGGGACAACCAGGCUACCCAGGACAACCCGGACAAUCAGGUCAGCCCGGACAACCCGGCUACCCAGGACAACCCGGACAGCCAGGAGGCGCCGGACAACCAGGACAGCCCGGACAACCCGGCUACCCAGGACAACCCGGACAGCCAGGAGGCCCUGGACAACCAGGACAGCCCGGACAACCCGGCUACCCAGGACAACCCGGACAGCCAGGAGGCCCCGGAAAGCCAGGCCAGCCGGGACAACCAGGCUACCCAGGACAACCCGGACAAUCAGGUCAGCCCGGACAACCCGGCUACCCAGGACAACCCGGACAGCCAGGAGGCGCCGGACAACCAGGACAGCCCGGACAAAACGGCUACCCAGGACAACCCGGACAGCCAGGAGGCCCUGGACAACCAGGACAGCCCGGACAACCCGGCUACCCAGGACAACCCGGACAGCCAGGAGGCCCCGGAAAGCCAGGCCAGCCGGGACAACCAGGCUACCCAGGACAACCCGGACAAUCAGGUCAGCCCGGACAACCCGGUUACCCAGGCCAACCCGGACAGCCAGGAGGCGCCGGACAACCAGGACAGCCCGGACAACCCGGCUACCCAGGACAACCCGGACAGCCAGGAGGUCCUGGACAACCAGGACAGCCCGGACAACCCGGCUACCCAGGACAACCCGGACAGCCAGGAGGCCCCGGAAAGCCAGGCCAGCCGGGACAACCCGGCUACCCAGGACAACCCGGACAGCCAGGAGGCCCUGGACAACCAGGACAGCCCGGACAGCCAGGAGGCCCCGGAAAGCCAGGCCAGCCGGGACAACCAGGCUACCCAGGACAACCCGGACAAUCAGGUCAGCCCGGACAACCCGGCUACCCAGGACAACCCGGACAGCCAGGAGGCGCCGGACAACCAGGACAGCCCGGACAACCAGGACAGCCCGGACAACCCGGCUACCCAGGACAACCCGGACAGCCAGGAGGCCUUGGACAACCAGGACAGCCCGGACAACCCGGCUACCCAGGACAACCCGGACAGCCAGGAGGCCCCGGAAAUCCAGGCCAGCCGGGACAACCAAGCUACCCAGGACAACCAGGUUACCCAGGACAACCAGGCUACCCAGGACAACCCGGACAACCAGGACAGCCCGGACAACCCGGUUAUCCAGGCCAACCCGGACAGCCAGGCGGACCCGGACAACAAGGCCAGCCUGGACAACCCGGCUACCCAGGACAACCCGGACAGCCUGGCGGGCCCGGACAACCAGGCCAGCCUGGACAACCAGGCUACCCAGGACAACCCGGACAGCCAGGAGGCUCCGGACAACCAGGACAGCCCGGACAGCCCGGACAACCCGGUUAUCCAGGACAACCCGGACAGCCAGGACGCCCCGGAAAGCCAGGUCAGCCGGGACAACCAGGCUACCCAGGACAACCCGGACAACCAGGUCAGCCUGGACAACCCGGACAACCAGGUCAGCCUGGACAACCCGGUUAUCCAGGACAACCAGGACAGCCAGGCGGACCCGGACAACAUGGCCAGCCUGGACAACCCGGCUACCCAGGACAACCCGGACAGCCAGGCGGCCCCGGACAACCAGGACAACCCGGACAACCGGGACAACCGGGACAACCUGGUCACCCAGGACAGCCAGGACAACCCGGUUACCCAGGACAACCUGGACAACCAGGACAACCCGGUUAUCCAGGACAGCCCGGACAACCAGGCUACCCAGGUCAAUCUGGACAAUCAGGACAACCCGGACAACCUGGUCACCCAGGACAGCCAGGACAACCCGGUUACCCAGGACAACCCGGUCAGCCUGGAAGCCCUGGUCAGCCAGGACAACCCGGUCAGCCAGGACAACCCGGUCAGCCUGGAUACCCAAGUCAACCCGGAAAGCCAGGACAACCAGGUGGCCCUAGUCAACCCGCACACCCAGGACAACCCAGUCAACCCGGCUACCCUGGACAACCUGGACAUCCAGGAGGUCCCGGACAACCAGGGCAAGCCGGUCAACCAGGUCAACCCGGUUACCCAGGACAACCCGGACAGCCAGGAGGUCCCGAACAGCCAGGACAACCAGGUGGCCCCGGACAACAAGGACAACCCGGACAACCUGGCUACCCAGGGCAACCUGGACAGCCAGGCGGACCCGGACAACCAGGACAGCCCGGACAACCCGGUUACCCAGGACAACCCGGACAGCCAGGAGGUCCCGGACAUCCAGGACAGCCCGGACAACCCGGCUACCCAGGACAACCCGGACAGCCAGGCGGACCCGGACAACCAGGACAGCCCGGACAACCCGGUUACCCAGGACAACCCGGACAGCCAGGAGGUCCCGGACAUCCAGGACAGCCCGGACAACCCGGCUACCCAGGACAACCCGCACACCCAGGACAACCCGCACACCCAGGACAACCCAGUCAACCCGGCUAUCCUGGACAACCUGGACAGCCAGGAGGCCCCGGACAACCAGGGCAACCCGGUCAACCAGGACAGCCAGGUCAACCCGGACAGCCAGGACAACCCGGACAACCAGGUGGCCCCGUACAACAAGGACAACCCGGACAACCUGGCUACCCAGGACAACCCGGGCAGCCAGGAGGCCCCGGACAACCAGGACAGCCCGGACAACCAGGACAGCCCGGACAACCCGGCUACCCAGGACAACCCGGACAGCCAGGACAGCCCGGACAACCUGGUUACCCAGGCCAACCUGGACAACCAGGUGGCUCCGGACAACAAGGACAACCCGGACAACCUGGACAGCCAGGACAGCCAGGACAGCCCGGACAACCUGGUUAUCCAGGCCAACCUGGACAACCAGGUGGAUCCGGACAACCAGGACAGCCCGCACAACCCGGCUACCCAGGACAACCCGGACAGCCAGGUGGCUCCGGACAACAAGGACAACCCGGACAACCUGGACAGCCAGGACAGCCCGGACACCCUGGCUACCCAGGCCAACCUGGACAACCAGGUGGACCCGGACAACCAGGACAGCCUGGACAACCCGGCUACCCAGGACAACCCGGACAGCCAGGAGGUCACGGACAACCCGGACAGCCUGGACAACCCGGCUACCCAGGACAACCCGGACAACCAGGAGGACCCGGACAACCAGGACAGCCCGCACAACCCGGCUACCCAGGACAACCCGGACAACCAGGUGGCUCCGGACAACAAGGACAACCCGGACAGCCUGGACACCCUGGCUACCCAGGCCAACCUGGACAACCAGGUGGACCCGGACAACCAGGACAGCCCGGACAACCCGGCUACCCAGGACAACCCGGACAGCCAGGAGGUCCCGGACAACCCGGACAGCCCGGACAACCCGGCUACCCAGGACAACCCGGACAGCCAGGACAGCCAGGUCAACCCGGACAGCCAGGACAACCCGGACAACCAGGUGGCCCCGUACAACAAGGACAACCCGGUCAACCUGGCUACCCAGGACAACCCGGGCAGCCAGGAGGCCCCGGACAACCAGGACAGUCCGGACAACCAGGACAGCCCGGACAACCAGGACAGCCCGGACACCCUGGCUACCCAGGCCAACCUGGACAACCAGGUGGACCCGGACAACCAGGACAGCCCGGACAACCCGGCUACCCAGGACAACCCGGACAGCCAGGAGGUCCCGGACAACCCGGACAGCCCGGACAACCCGGCUACCCAGGACAACCCGGACAGCCAGGAGGCCCCGGAAAGCCAGGCCAGCAGGGACAACCCGGCUACCCAGGACAACCCGGACAACCAGGCGGACCCGGACAACCAGGACAGCCCGGACAACCCGGUUACCCAGGCCAACCUGGACAGCCAGGCGGUGCCGGACAACCAGGACAGCCCGGACAACCCGGUUACCCAGGCCAACCUGGACAGCCAGGCGGACCCGGACAACCAGGACAGCCCGGACAACCCGGUUACCCAGGACAACCCGGACAGCCAGGAGGUUCCGGACAACCAGGACAGCCCGGACAGCCAGGUGGCCCCGGACAACAAGGACAACCUGGCCAGCCCGGACAACCAGGCGGUGGUGACUCAGUCGGCGCUCCGUCAGGCACAGGAGUACAGCCACCAAAUUACGUUCCUCCUUCUAGUCAAAUGCCUCCCUUCCCCAUCUACGUUAUUCCCUACCCGUUACCUAUCGUACCAAGUCCUGGCUCCUGCCCGUGUUAUCUCGUGAACCCUGGUAAAAAUGACACACAGUCGCAGGCUCAAGAAGUUCAAGGCCCUCCAAGUGCAGGACCAACGUAUGCUCCAUACGGCAUUAUCGGUUUUGUGCCAGUGGUUUUCGUUCCAUAUUGUCCAGGAAACGGAUCGGGUAUGAACACGGCUCAGCAAAAUUUCCCAAGCGCCGUACCAGUGCCGUACAAUUGUGCUCAGUGCCAAGCCAACAGCAGAGACGUCUACCGUUACAUAAGCCGAUGGAACGGAGCCCGAAGUACCAACUUCAACAAUUUGAAAGAAAUUCACUCGCUGGCUGAAUUAGAAAAUCUCCUACGUAACGAAAUCCGGCCAAUGAAGAAAAGCUUGCGCAGAAUUGCAGUUCAUCCCAGAGUUCUGGACGAUAAAUCGAACGAAAAAGAGACGACCAAGUCUAAUUAAAAAUAAGAAAAAAAUAAAAUCAGGUCAACAGAUUAAUUUUGGGAUUGUCUGAUAAAUAAUUUCUUGGACGGUCUCAAAAUUUUCGACCGAUUUAUAUUAUACUUAUUUAUUGUUUUGGUUUAGCUAGUUGUAUUUUAGUUUGUAUGUAAUGAGCAAAUACACAGCUGUAUGUAAUAUUUACAAAUUAAGAGAAGGGGUUGAAAGAAAUAUUAUGAAUGCCAGAUACCAAUACAAUAACUACAUUAUUUUUAUUGAAGGAAACUUUGCAAAAAAGUAUUGUGUUGCCAUUGAAAUAAAAUAAAUGAAAAUAACAA